CUUUGACGUACAGUACCGCCAACCUAAGAUCUACGUUACCAAGUGUUUCCGUCCACCAACGCCUCGACGUGCAUAAAACGGGCACUUCGAAUUACGCCAAUGUCCACCGAAAUUCUUUCGUGUGAUGAGAGCUCAUUAUCAAAUUAUAGCUGAAGCUGAGAGAUUUAAUUCAAUUAUUUCUGAAUCACGUGCAAGUCUCAGUUACAUUGGCUCGAAGGUAUCCGAAGGAAUGGAACAGAUGAAAGAAGAUAUUUCCAGAGAAUUGUUUAUAACUGAUCAUUUAACGAAUCUUAGUUCGAAAAUAAGUCUGUUGCUGCAUCAUUAUUCUGAAUUGGAGGAAGGAUUGAUUGAGCUGGUAAGAAUGAACUAUAAUACAAAGAGUGUGCGAAUCGAGACACCAUCUGACCUUAACGAAGAAGUUAAGUGCAUCCUUGCAGCGGCAAAAAAAAGGCAGUCGCAACAACAGCAGCAGUCAGAUCGCCCGCGAACGCCGAGAAAGUUGCGAAUGUUAACUAAUAUUUCCACGGAAGCAAAAGAUUCUCAACCGCAUAAUUCCAUUGUGAAUUCGAAGUUUCCUACGUCACAAUCAUAUGAUACUGAUCUCUCAAACGUAACAACGCCUGAUAAACAAGAAAGGCCACGUACGUUUGUAUAUCCGGAAGUCCAGCUGUUGAACAAUCCGAGAUCAGUAAAUAAUGCAAAAUCCAUCGGUUUUCGACCAUUUUAAAAAUGCGAACCUAAAAAUCGGAUAGAUAAAAAUCGGACAGAUUUGUUUUCGUAUCUCUUUCUUUUUUGUUUUCCUUGUUUGUAAAAAUACAGAAAAAAUUGUAACUAUGAAAUAAAUAGAGGCAAAGUUUUUUUUAUAUUUGAGCAGUUUUAUUUUUGUACAAUAAAAAUAUACACUGCAGGCCAAAAAUUUGGAAGCGUUUGCAAUUUUCUUGCAUCUCACGAAAAGUUCAAUAUUUCGGUGAUAAAAAACAUACAGAAAUUUUUUUAAACGCAUUUUAUAGAGCAAAAAUAGAGUUUUAAAAUAAUAUCUUUUAAUUACGUUUCUGCGAUAUUUUAUUCCUAAAUUACAUAAAAUAAAAAAUUGAUAUUUUUAUAUAUAUUUUACUUUGGAGCAUUGUAGCUUGAUAAAAUAUAUCAUCGGACAUAAUCUAACAUAAAAGUAUUUUAAGGAUAUUUUGGCUAUUCAACUAAAAGUUAUCAAAAUUAAAAAACUGCAAACUCCUUGGUUUUAUUUCUUUUUUCUUACUAACGAAAGAAGUUUUGCCCGAAAUGCUCGAAUUUUGAUGAAACCUACAUAGCCAUGUCAUUUGCAAACAUUUACUUAUAUUUUACAAUGCCAUUGUAACAACGUGAAAUUGCAACAUCUAUCUGGACCAAUGCUUUAAUAAUAAUAGAUUAAUUGCGUUUUGCUUCUGGCAAAGUAAACAGUAUAUGCAUACAGCAACUUUUUCAGCUGGUCGGUUACAUGCCUUUGAAUGUCCUCUUUUUAUCGGGUGUGUUGGAGCGUCUGUUUGCCUGCAUUUGACAAGUUUGCAUCGACCUUUCUCGCAAUUUCUACCUUCUACAUGGUAACGUGUCAACUCAUUCGGCAGCAAUAAUUCGUCAGUUUCUGGCUCAAAAACACAAUUGAGAACAUUUAAAAGGUAGUGACCGACCAGCUGAAGAAGAUUCUCGCAGAAGACUUUUUUAACGCUAUGAAGAGGUUGAAAACACGUGUUCACUAAUGUAUUGCUUCAGAAGGAGUCUUUAUUGAGUAAAUAACCAGUGAAACUGCA